AUGCACAAGUCUAAGUCGACCUACUUCACGGACCUCGACAUGUCACGCGGCAACAUUAGCCUAGUGCUCUUUCGGGAACCCAUCAACCCGUUCUCGGGACCCAAACAAUUCAUCAUGAUCCUCGGCGGCGCGCAGUGCGUCUGGCGCAAGGAGAUUGCGCGCUACGAAAAGUACGAACUGUGGACGAGGGUGUUGUCAUGGGAUGAGAAGUGGAUAUAUCUCGUGACGCACUUUGUCAAAGCAGAUAUACGUUUUCAAGAAUGGCAGGAGGACAGUGCCUCCGGAGCAGGUCUUGUCUACGUGUGGCUUGCUGCCGGACGACAAAGCCGGUUCGGCCGAAGUGGAACGGCUUAG